CGGGGGGGACGGCAGUAGGUGGGACACCGCUAGCGGGCCCGCGGGCGGCCGGAACGCUUCUUCUCGGUCUCGGGGAGCGAGUUCCGCGGGGAAGCGUUCCGGGGGCGCACCGGGCGCGAUGGCGGCGCCCAGCGCUCGCUGCCUGUGGCGAGCACUGGCCCCGCGCUGCGGGCGGCUCCUCCCCGGGCUGGAGCAGCUCCUCGCCGUCCCCGCCGUGCUGAGCCCCGCCACCGCCCGGCCCUACGCGGCCGCAGCCAAAACGGCCAAAAAAGAUGCCAAGAGGCCCAGGCAGGAGAAGGUGAAGGAGAAAGCCCCGCCUCGGAGGCGGCCGCUGAUGGCCAUGCCCGUGGACGAUGUGUACCUGACGUGGCUCUACAAGAGACCCUCCUACGAGCUGGAGCAGGCCGUGGGCAUGCUGAAAAGAUUCCAGGAGCUGGAUUUCACCCACCCCAAGCAGUUUGUGUACAUCAAUGUGUUCCUGGAUAUGGCUCUGCAGAAGAAGAAAAAAGUGGAUCCAUUUUCCAGCAGUGUCACUCUUCCCCAUCGCUUUACAGAUGAAGUGAACAAGGUUUUGGUGUUCACAGAGAAUCAGCAAGAAGCUGAAAUAGCUCGGGAGCACGGAGCUGCCAUCGUGGGAGGACUGGAAUUAAUCAAAUGGAUCUUGGAGGAUGAAAUCCAAGCUGAUUUCUACGUGGCUGUCCCUGCCAUAAUACCCAAGUUAAUACCCCUGAGGAACAAACUGAAAAGGAAGUACCCCAGCAGCAGGAGGAAUUCCCUGGGCAGUGACAUUCCCAAAAUGCUGCAGUUCUUCAGAGAAUGUCACGAGUACACGGUGGAGGACGAGGAUAUAAUCAAGACAAGAAUAGCCAGGCUGGAUAUGCCUGCUGAGCACAUCAUUGCCAAUCUGAAAACAGUUAUCCACGAUAUCUGCACCUUCAAGCCCUCAAAUUUUGAUCCCAUUGUGCGGAGGUUGGUUAUCAGAUCUUCCACCAGUGAAGGUUUGCUGCUGAACCUCGAUGGAAUCCUGCCUCAGGUGGAGACAGUAGAAGAAAAAGAAGAAGAGAACGCGGUGGAUGAAGAUGAAGAGAAGCCAGCUAACCAAGAAUCUGUUAGUACCUGAUGUCUUCUCCUUGCAGAGCUGAUGCUCGAGCAGGGGGAGCAGAUGGUGUCAUUCAAAUCAUGCUCUGUGAGAGCAAAAAAUAAACGGGACUUGUGGAUUUCAGGUGCAAA